AUGUUGGCAAAUCAGGGCUUCCGCAAGGUUGCCGUGACUUGUGGACGCCAAAGAUGUGGUCCAAAUGGCACACCAAACAAGCAUUGCAUGUCCGUGUUUUCUAAAGUCUGCCAAAGUGACACUGCUCAUUCUGGCGGCCUGGAAGAUUCGUCCGCUUUUAAACAAUUCAAUGGCCAACCAUUCAAAAAGAAGAACGGUUGUAGGUGCCUGCGCUUCUCUGGGCGGGGAAAACUGGAGGAGACCGGUGAAGAAUGCAGAUUCUCCUGGGUAGAGCCAAGAGGCGCCGGAAUGAUUUUCCGGGAACAGCGUCAUGAGACGGCAGUCCUGUCUUCCACGAAGCGUCAGUGA